AAGGACAUCAUCACUCAUGUCAGCUUUCCAUUCGUCCAAUCCCCCUUACCAUUUCUGUACAUCUUUGUAACGCACUGCCUAGCUUGGCACCGGCAGACGGCAGUGGUACAUCUCGUAACAGCUCCACCCCCACAGCAGCUUCUUACGAAAAUUUUCCUUCCGAUUGCAUGGAGCAGGCGCCCCCGUCGCUGCCCUCUCGACCGGCUGUGGCGGCGGUCGACAUGGCGCUAAGCCUGGCGCCGCCGGAGGGACACCGCCGCCACGAGGACGAGCAGAACCAGGCAACGGCGCGCGUCGGCGGGAAGGGGGGGCGCUUGUUCCCGUGCCUCUUCUGCAACAAGAAGUUCCUCAAGUCGCAGGCGCUCGGCGGGCACCAGAACGUGCACAAGAAGGAGCGCGCCGCCGGCGCCUUGAACUGGAACCCCUACCUCUACUGUGACCCCUACGCUGCAGCGGCGGUCCCGGGCAGCAGGCUCGGUGCUGCUGCAGCGUCCGUGCCGCUCGCCUCGCAUGGCGGCGGCACUGCUGCCGCAGAGGCAGAGCCUCCUGGCAGCGUGAGCGUCGUCAAGCUCAAGCUCGAGAGGCCUGACGGCGGCGCGGCGCUCUUCACGGACGACGACGCCUUGCUCCUGGCGGAACCAGCAGCAGCCGACCGGCCCUUUACCAGGCUGCCCGACGGCACCGUGGACAUGCUCAACUGGAGGAGGACCUCCCGCGUCUCUGCCCCACCGGACACCAACGCAGCACCCUCCGGCGCCGGCGAGGAGCUGCUUGACCUCGAGUUGCGGCUCUAGCUAGAACCGCGACGGCGUGAUUCUGCUCGGGGAGAAAGCUUAAAAAGACGCAUCUUCCAGCUAGGUUGUGUCGCUCUCUCUUCUUGCCUUGAUGCCUUCACUAUAUCCAUAUGAUAUGAUUGUAUAUAUCUAUCUCUUGUCUUGUGAUCCUGCCCUUGCCCCAACCAAGCUUGAUAUAUGGGGCUUUGUUUUGUGCUUGUUAUGACGAAGUACUGAUUUUAAUGUGCUUGUGUGAA